AUGGAGCCGCCGGUGGUAUCCUUUAGCCUGCGCAGUCGCUUGACCCGGGACUACACGUUAGAUGACCACAUUCCCAGCAAUCGCGUGAGCGGAGGACCGAUGGGUCUCGAUCCCGACUUCAGCCUUCCACUUCAGCGACCGGGCCUGGAGUCUCGAUCCGACACGAUCAAGUCCACGGAUAGCAGAAACGGUGGGCAGCCUGAGCAUGGUACAAGAACUCCGCAAGGACGAAGAGCUGCCGAACCUCGCGACUUCGAGUUGCCUACAUCAAGCGGACAAAAUGGCGACAGAGAGAACCGAGAGCAGCUGCGCAAGCUCGAUUUCAACCUCGAGGCUAUCGAAGAGAAGAGCUCAUAUGAGCCUUCAGUCACCGAGACAGUGUCGCGCGCGUCCCAAAACACCAGCCUCACAACCACGUCGGCCAACCGGCUUCCCGAUUUCUUCACCGCCGACGUCUUCCAAGUGGUUCUGCAUAAUCCCACGACGGCCCAUCAGUUGUUGAAAUUCAGCCGGUCGAGACUAUGCGCCGAGAACAUGGAGUUCCUCGAUAAGGUUGACAACUACAACAGCCUCCUGAACGAGGUCGCCACAUCCAUGUUUGAGAUCCACCGCGACUAUAUUUCGGUGAACGCCGACAGCCAGAUCAAUAUCCCCGAGAAUUUGCUCCUCAAGGUCAACCGCGAUCUCAAGGCCGCUCUGGCCUCGACGCUCCCCAAGCUAGAAACCGUGUUUGUGGAUUCACAGAACGAGAUUGAACGCCUCGUCGCCAUGGACAUCUAUCCCCGGUUUGUGCGUCAUCAGAUGACCAUGAGCGCUGCCAAAGCCCUGGCCGGAAAUCGCGCCAAAUACGCCGGCCUGGGCGAUUGCUUUGUUCUGACCGACCCAGCCAAAGCCGACAACCCCAUCGUAUAUGCCUCGGAUGGCUUUGUGAAAGUCACUGGCUACGCACGCAACGAGAUCAUCCCUCGAAACUGCCGCUUCCUGCAAUGCCGCAAUACGGAUGCGUCGGCUGUCAAGAGGCUGCGCGAAGCCAUCCGCACGCGUCAAGAAUCCGUCGAGUUGCUCCUGAACCAGAAGAAAUCAGGCGAACCGUUCUGGAACCUGCUGUACACGACCCCGCUGUCCGACGCCGUGGGGAACGUCGUCUUCUUCCUCGGCGGCCAGAUCAACUGUUCCACCACUAUCCACAGCGCGUCUGACGUGCUCAAGGUGCUGGCCCAAACCAACGACACGGACGAGGACGCCGUCAACGGCAUUACCUCUCCGGAGGCAUCGAAAAACUCCUCGUCCCUCAAGACCAAGUUCAAGAACCCUUUCCGCAGUAGAGCCCCGGUGGAGCCUUACCGGCCGCCAGGCAUGGAGGACGGCUUGCUGAACAAGAUCGAGAAGAUGAAUCUGCGGAAGCAGAUGGACACGUUCUACACGGCGUAUUCUAAGUACCUCAUAAUCAACUACACAACAUUCUACAUCUCAUUCCACUCCCCCGGCGUCGCGAGCAUGCUAUUCCCCAGCAAACCAAUCCCUCAAACCCGCAACAACCCCAACGUUCAUACUCUUUCCAAAGUGCCCCCUCAACACCAACACCAAUCCCAGUCCCAGUCCCAGUCCUACUCACACUCUGGCCCAGGCCCAGGCCCAGGCUCGGACCAAAUCAUCGGCACGGACAUCUUUCGCUUCCUAGCCACCCACUCCGCGGGCUCGAAGCUCGGCUCGGACUUCAAGACGCGGGUACGCGCCGCGCUCAAACACGGCAGUCCUAUCAGUUUGGACGUCGUGCUCUGUACGCGCCGAUACAUGGGGUUUGAGAAGUUUGUAUCGCAUUGGACGCCGUUGAAGAAUGAAAUGGGGGAGGUGGGAUUUGUGGUUGUUACGUUGGGGGGUGGGGGCGAAUGA